AUGGCUACCUACUUGAAGAAAGCUAACUGCAAACACCAAAACGUCACUUUAAAACAUGGUGACACAAUUCGUGAUGGAUGCAACGAAGUCUGUUCCUGUCGUGACGGUACGUUGGUAUGUCAGAAAUUAUGUCACACGAAUGCACCGUCAAUUGUAAACGGCUGUGUCCAGAUAUAUAUGCCAACGCAUUGCUGCCCAGUAUGGAUAUGUGAACAGGAGAAGCGGCCCUAUACGUCGGCAUUGUUAAGCAGCGUCUUGCGUCUCAAGGGCGGUUGCUCACCUUCGGAUAAAACUCUCAACAACGGUGUUCGGAAAAGUGUCCUAGAUCGAAUCGUAAAUGAUCAUAGCAUCGAGCUUGUGGCGCCUAUUGCCUUCAAAGUACAGGUAACGUGUAAUGGCAGCAAUACGUCAGAAGGAAACCAACAGACGAUUGGACAAUUCAAUCUGAUGAUGCAUCUUCAAUGGAAGAUUAAUCUCAAGAAUACAGUUGAAAGAGUAAAUGGUACAGCAGAACUAUGGAAGACUGUUAAUCGUACAGUCGUUGCUUUAACAAAUACUCAAUUCCGAAUUGUGGUUGGACAAUCCAGUUAUGGACCUGCCGUAUCUGAGGGCAACCCAGAGUUGACAUAUUUGUGUGAAGUAGGAUUCCUGAAGACCGAGUCAGGCUGUGUAAAAUACGAAAAUGUUGACGACACAAUCUCGAACAACAUUGAUCUCCACUUUGUAGUUUCCAUAUUGCGCAGAACCUCUUGUCUUCUAGAAUGGCAUCAAUUGACUACCCGUUCACAGAAUUCGACCAGAGCAUUGUAUGUCGUUCACAGGGAACGGGCCACCAACCCUGCCAACUGGACCUGGAGCGAAGCCCUUAACUCUACGACCGUGCAUUAUAAACUAGAGUCUCUACUACCAGGUAGGCGAUAUGAAGCGGGAUUAAUGUGGCUACCGAACAUACACGGCACAAAACGCUUUCUGUUGACUUCACUUCAUUUCAAGACAAAAUUAAAAAGAGUGACUCCCGACAAUCAUACAACAAUGAAAAUUGCCACACCAUUGUGCGUUAUUAUUAUAUUGAUUAUUGCUGGUGUAUCGAUAUAUCUUAUAUGGAAACGACAUCACAAAAUGAGGAAGAAGACAGAAACGACAUACUAUGAGAACAAAGGAUUCUGGACCUCAAUAUGA